GUUGUCGUUGCGUUUAUUCGUCAUCGUCGCACCGCCUCCGCAUUCUCCGCCCUUGUCUCGUAUGAUAUAGGUAUACGCCACUGUCGCCACUGCAUCGCCCGACCUGCUCGCGCGUGCGUACCGACGUGAGUUAAACGCUACACGAGAGAGCACGACCGCGAAAAGAAAGUGGUAAACCGGUGGGGGCAGCAAGUGGGUGACCCGUUGACCCGCUGCCGGUAUAGUAUCGUUUAGUGACCGCCGCCACAGACACAACGGGACCGACUGCGUGUUGGACGUGUUUUUUAUAAGAUACCAUUAUAUUGUUGUUGUUGUUGUUGUUUCUGCUGCUGCAGAAGCCGUGCACUUACCGAACGAACGUUGCGAACAAGUCAUAAUGUUUCGGCUAACGUGGUCGUGGUGUUUCUUGGCGGCCGUGGUGUGCUCGUCGUGUUCCGGCGCCAAGGUACCUCCUGCAGCUACCGUGACGGGUAUGAUAGGGCGUUAUUUUUGCUCUCGAGAUAUAAAAUAAAAAUCAUAGAUAAUAAUGAGCCAAACGCCGGUUUUUUACCCACAGACUUACUUUGGACCGGACUCGAAGGUGUCAUUCAGCAAAGAGGCGGACUCCAGGCCGAGUCCAAACAAGUGCCGGAGAAACGGUGCGAGUGCCAGAGCCCAGAGCUGAAAUCGUGCGUGUGCUGCCUGAGAAUGAGUAUGCCGUUUUUGGAUCUGACCACGUCGCCCGGUAAGUGUAACAUAAUAAUGCGUUUUCCGCCACAAACAAUAUUGUCGUAUUAACAACGAGAAAACGUACCUAUAUUAUUAUCGUUGUUGUUCAUUAUAAUAAUAUGCUCACAGGGUGCGUCAAGUUCAAGUACGUGCCGGACAUCGAGUCGAUCGCGGUGAACGUGACCUACGGCAAAGGCAACGUCCAGAACGGUGUCAUCAAAGGUAAGUGAUCAUAAAAACCGUGAUGAAAUAAUUACGGUCGUAGAUGAGGCACCUAAGACGUGAAUAACAAUAGCAUCACGUCCGUUCGGUUAUCGCGGCGUUAUAUUAAUUAAAUCGCGGACGUCGUCGCGAUUUCCGCAUACGAAAGCCUAAUAAUUAUGCAUUAUAAUAUUAUACAUUAGGUACUGUUAUUAAAGGUCGCCUUUCGAUUUUCUCGGUCAUCGUUUUAUUAUUAUUAUUAUAAAACGGUACACUGUGUCGGUUCGCGGGUUCGUUAACACCGAAAUCGUUGUGCGUGUGCCGCGAUACGACACGCGUUCGAUUUCGGCAGCGCACGACAACGUGUUCGGCGUGACGGGUCACUUUUCCCGAGUAAGAAUGAGUAAUAUAUGUACUAAAAUGGCGUAGGUAUACAUAUACCUGCAUGCUAUUACACGGAAAAAAAAAAUAAAACCUUGCGGGACGAAACGCUAUCGCGAUGACAUUGACAAUGACGCGGGAAAUGAAAAUCCGCUAGUCGGCGGUUAUACGAUGAUGACUAUCGUCAGUAAUAUUAUAUAUUGUGAUUAUUAUAAUGAUAAUUAUUACGGCGACGAUUAUCUCAAUAAUAUAAUCGGUAAUCGGCUGUACGUACAGUGGUGAUUAGACAGACACUCGCGUAGAAAACAAAACGUUCCAUAACGUAUGUACAACAAGUAAAGCUGGGAGUGGGAUUGUAACCAAUAGAAAAUAAGUUAAAAGUGGUAAAUUAUAAUUUACUUUUGUUGACAACUUUCAACUCGACUAGUCGAAAAAAAUAGAAUGUUAUAAUAUAAUCGAGUUAAAUAAUAACAAAUUUAACUGGAUUAUUUUUUUUAAAAAAAAAAAUUCAAAUUAUUUACAAAUUUUUUAAAUAAAAAACAGUGUAGGUAUGUUUUUUGCAUUUAUUUCUCGCUGAAAAUAUAAAAUAUUAGAGUAGGUACACUAACUAAGUAAAUUCACUUUUUAAUUUUAACUUAAGUCAUUAUUUUCCUGGAAACUAGUAAUUAUUAUAGUUACCCAAAUUUAUUAAUAUUUGAAAAUAAACUUUAACUCAGCUUGAGAACCCUCGGAUCAUUAGAUAUGUUCCCUGAUCCAUAAAGACUCACGUAAACCUUUUAUGGGCUAUAUGAUAAAUUUUUUUCAUGACACAACUCUAAAUACUUAAAUAAUUAUUUCAUCAAUAUCGCGUUUAGAAUUGUCGGUAAAACUUUUUUCGACCUUAAUAUAAAUUACUUUUACCAUUUCAAUUCUAUACAAUUUCGAUGAGUUUUCACAAUUUUUAUUUUUAGCUACCUACAAAAAUCAGUACAUUAUUAGACAACCGUGUAAAUAAAUAUUCGUUUACACAGGCAGCAUUCAAAAUGAUUUGCAAAUCUAUUUCGCCUGGUUUGUGAAUCUAUCUAUUUAUCCUACAAUAUUGGUGUUUAUUAUUAAUUUCCGCUGCAAUGCAAUACUUAUUGUAGUACAUUUUUUUUAUCGGAAAGAUGCAAACGAGUUAAAUUUAUUUAUCAUUAAAUAAUUCACACUAUAAUAUUAUUUAAAAUUUCCUAAAAUCCUGACUUCCUCUGAAAAAUAAAUAUUUUGUGGAAAAUAAUAAAACUCAAAUUUUACACAUUUUUGAUGAAAACGUAGUAUUAUAUUGAAUAAAACUUAAAAUACCGGUAAUUAACGUUUUCAUGACCGAGUUUUUCGAACAAGUUCUUAAUAUUUUAUGUACGUUAUAAUUUAUAAGUUAUAAGACAGUAAAUAUUUCAUUAAAUCUACAUGCAUGUAUACGACUUUUAAACGACGAAUUUUACAUUAUUUUUAAUAUUUAUCGUUCAACAUUUACCGAAAUCAACUUGAAGUAAGUUAUAAAAUAUGACUUUGACAGUCCGAAUUGAGUAAAAACUAGAGAAUUUCAAAAACAAGGUGUUAAUCAAAGUAUGUAAACUCGUAUUUGAUAAAGAAUAAUAAAUUGAUAACGAAGAAGAAAAACAUGGAAAUGAACAAAUAUAAACAAAAAAUCAGUUUAAUGACAUACUACGUGAAUUUUAGAAAGAUUCUAGUGUUUAAUUUCAGUUUGGUUCGGACACGCAAGAUGAAGAGAAGCAACGUACAAAGUCAGGAUUGAUUGACAAGAAAGAAGACCCGGGGAAAGGUUGAAGAAACGUUAGAUCGAUGAAAUAUGGCAAGACCUUGGGAGAUUAAAAUUAACGGAUUGGGAGAAAGGAUUCAAGACCGAAUCAGUUGGAACACACUGAUGGUGGUGAUUAGAAUUGUUACAGUUAUGAGGUCAUAUAUUAUAUAAUAACAAUGAUCGUUCAUUCAAAUGCUGACCAUCAGGUUUUAAUGUAUACGUUUUAUUUUUACCCAAAAAAACAUUUUUGAUUAGUAAAAAUGCUCCGAAUUUUUCACGCAAUACACCUAAAAAAUGCGGAAUUUCCACCUGGUGGUACUUAAUCUGAAAAAUUUGAAUAUAAACGGAUUUUUUUAAAAAUAAAAAAAUAAUAAUCGACGGGUAUAUAUAUUUUGCUUUUGUUGAUUAUUGAGUAACCUCGGUUCCGAGUGAAAAAAUACGACUAAUAAUACAACCACCUUACCAGUUUAUCGAGCUCCACUCAAAAUCGUUUUUUGAUUCCAAUGGUUUAUUGUUGCAUUUAGUGCAUAAAUGAAACCAACCUACAUCAUACCUUACACCUUCAAAACCUGCCACCCACAAGUAAUAGUAGUGCCCAGUACGGUUAAUCAGUAGCGUAACUAGGAGGACUCGUUCUGAGUGUCUGGACACCCCUUCAAUCCGUUUUUAAGUAAAUAAAUUUAUUAUAAAGUGUUGAAAACUUUUUUUUUAAUAUAUAUACAUGUAACAUCCCCUUUAAAAAAUCUUAGUUGCGCCACUGGUACCUAACCAGCCACAAAUUAUGUCCGGUUUUUAAACAUAUGUAUUUAACAGACCGUUUCAUACAAUAUUAUAUUGUGUGAUUCAUUAUCAUAAUAUUCGCGUAAACGACACGGUUUACGUUAUAACAGUUAAACACUAACAUUUUCUAAUAUCAGCGCGUGUUAUGAAUAUUAUAUUGUUGUCGGGACAAGUAUGUCAUAGCUGACAAACAAUUGGCAUUCUCGCGAACAUCUACCGACUGAGAAAAAUAAAAAUUCUACUUUAUGAUUUGCUACCAAAAUUCAAUAGGCUACCGGUGAAAUACACAAAAUCGCGCGAACAAUGAAAUCGACAGAUUUAGGAGGUACCUACUGUCGACGGAUCAUUAAUGAAUAUUUAAGAUUAAUAAGUUUUUUUUUAUUAAAAGUUUUAAUAUAAGGGACAAUUUAAACUCUGAGUAAAGCGAGGAAUACAUUGGUUUAACUAUUUGCUUUUGUUUUGUUUUUAUCACUAAGAACUUUUCUACCAGAAACCUUAUUCCUUGUUAAUGUUUUUAUUUUAUGAGCUUCAUUCUCAUAUUAUAGAAAUCUAUAAAAUAUGUCAAUCCGACUUCGAGAAACGUUGACGAACCUUCUUCUGUCAACAGUUCAUACCCAUGUUAUGUUAAAAAUUUCAGAUUCAUUUACGUGCUAUCUAUAGAUUUCGUCUAAAUUGUCAGUUAUUUUAACCAAAUUUAGAAAAACUGUUGAAAUUCUAGACAGAUUCCGCUCCAAAAAAAGUUGGUACCAUCACACAUGUUCUGGGACAAUUUUGUUAAACGUUUUUUAGAAUAGAACACUUAUUUUAGUAAAAAAAAUCUAGUAGAUUCUAGUAAAUUUCUGAACAAAAAACAAAUUUCGUACGAAAACUAGCUCUUGAAGAUCAUAAUCAUGUAUUGAGGUAUUCAUGUGUUCAUUAUUCGGGAAAUACACCAUUCGGGAAAACGGUAUUCGGGCACAAUCAAUUAAUAUUAUUCGGAAAAAUUAAUUCGGGAAAAACGACGAGAACCAUAAUAAAUUAUUGUACAUUAUUAUUAAUCUAAUUUAGUUUAUUGAUCCCAACGUGAGUGCUAUCACCCUUCUGUGGACAUUUUCAAUAUUAAGGGUGGCGUUUAAUUUUACGGGGUUCUAAAGUGGUUGAUUAUUACAGCAUACAUAUUAUAACUAAAAAAAGUCAUGUUAAAAAUAUUGAUAUAUUAAUAAUAUCCAUGAAAAACAAUAUAUAACGCACAUCAGAUAAAUUGUAUUAUUUUGUAAGAAUAUUAUUAUACUAAUAUAUUAUUCGUAAAACGAAACGUGUAUUAUUACGAGUAUAGUAUAAUGUUAUCUGAGUAUUUUGAAUUUCUCCGAGAUUAAUCUACCGUGAAAAUGAACAUAUUUCACGCUGACAAAGUAGAAUUGGAACUGUCUGAAACCUUAUAGGUGCUCCUUAAGAAAUUAUAUUCAUAUUUUAAAUAUACGAGUAUAUAUAUUUUUUUUUUAAUAAACAAUCUAUUAACUUUCAUUUUCGUUUAGGUUUUCCGCCUUCAUUUUGGUUUUCAAUAUUUUUCUAUAGCGGCCAUUCCUUUCUUUAAUUGAAACCGAUAUAAUAAAAAAAAAAAAAAAAACUUUUCAUCCAAUAGUAUAACAGGACGUAGAUAGGUAUAAUUGAAUCAAAUUUCGCUUUAAUGUGGUUUUAUGAUACAGUGUUUAAUAUUACUAUGGUUAUAUUGAUUCGUACCUACUUAUUACUGCAGCGAAGGAAUAAGUGAUUUAUUGAAAUAGUAUACGUAUUCAAUUUCACCGGGAUAUUAUAAAAUCGUAUACAAUCACUUUUGAUAUUGCAGUCAUUGUUAACGAAAAUAAAAUUGCCACCUUAAGGAUGCUACAAUUACACUUGGAAAUUUGUGUGUCACAGGUAAUAACCCAGAACCCGUGUGCAUGGACGUGCUAGUCGGAUUCGGUCAACUGUGCGCCCGAUUCGUUGGCAACUCAUCCACGCCCAAAGACUUUGAUGGUUGUCUAAAGUUAGAAGCCACCUUAUUAAACGAAGUGCAAAACUCCAUUCCCAUGGGAUGCUUCAAAAUGGAUGAAAAUCGAUUAAUCUUCAAUUCUACGUGAGUACACUAUAUAGCUGUUAAUAAUCCAAUAAUAAUUACAGUUAAACAACUAUUUCAACAUUUUAAUCUAUCGAUAUUAUAGCUUAUAACUGGUGAACCACUAAUCACCGUAUCGUUUAAAUAAUUUGUAUUAUUAUUUUAAAAUCGCAUGCAAUAUCGUAUUAUUGACUGCAGAAGGAAUUCGAACGGGGUUUAAAAUUGAAAUUAAAGUACUUCACUGAUGUUAUUUUUUCAUCAGUUUUUCAACAACUCUAAAAAAUAACUUUGCAUGAAGAACCACUUGUUUUCAAUAUUUUAUGUGCGUUUGUAAAGUUACACGUGAAACUUUUUUUAAACGUUUUCACUAGGGGGCUAUAAAUUUUUGGAAAGUAUUUUAUGGGAACUGUAUUUUGUCGAAAAAAUAAAUCGUUGAAAAUUAUUUUGUCGGAAAGUUUUUUUUUCGGAAAAAUAAUUCAUUGGAACCAUAUUUUGUGGGAAAAAUAAUUCAUCGGAACGUAUUUUGUGAGAACUGUUCAUUAUAAUUUCACCAUAUGCCUUCCGUGACUACAUAUUAUCGUCGUAGGGUAAAAAUUAUUUUCUGACAAAAUACAGUUCCGACAACAUAUUUUUUGACGAAUUAUUUUUCUGAAAAAAUACGGUUCCAACAAAAUAUUUUCCAUAUUAAAAAUAUUUUGCGCACCCCCGUUUUUACUGCCACGAAAAUACGUUUUUCAUGAAUAAAAUAACAACAAAAUAAAAAGUAAUAACCUUAAGUACUAUAAAAAUAUUCAUAUGUUUUCGUACGAUACAAAUUCGUAUCCAAUGUGCGCGCAGCCUAUGACUAAAAGUAAUGUUUUUCUCCAUCUAAUCAGAAUAUAUUUGUUAAAUAUAAGUAGGUGCAUUGAAAUAAUACAUAAUUUGUACAUGAUUAUAAUAAUAAUCAUAUUCCAAUUAUCUAUUCGGUAAGGUAAAAUAAUAGACAAUUAUUAUUAUUUUUAUAUUUUUUUUUUUUUUUUUUGAAAAUCAUCAAAUUUUUAGUAACUUUGACAAUCAAAAAGUUAAAUAUUUGAAGAAAUAGAACAACCUAGUAAGAAAAAAUAUACCAGCAUUAUUUUUUCUCUUUUUCUCACAAUUUCUCUUUUGUUAUUUUUACACUCUGCGUCAUCCCGCAUCAUGUUCAUCGUCGAUAGAUUCGGUUACCUACUAAAAUAAACAAUUACCUACCAUUAAUUAUUGUUUUAUUAGUAUUGGUCAAUAAAAAAGUAGUUUACAUCACUUCUAUUAGUUAAUUUACAUAUUUCACGUGUACCUACCGCAUAUUUAGAAAGUUUAAAAAGUGAAAAAAUAAAUUUCAAAAUCGUAAUUAUUACAGUAUAUAUAUAUAUACGUUUAAAUACGUAUCUCAGUGCUAAAGUGUGUAGGUAUAACAAAUAAUAUUGGUUUAAAUCCGGGAGAUCACAAUAUUAAAAACGAUUUGCAUGCACAUUAUUAGAGUAUAGUUUAAAUUUAAAAUGUACAGUCUAAUCUGCAUGAAAUGUUACAAUAGAACUGCAUACAAAUAUCAUCCAAUAAAUGAAAUUACUAAUAAUUGGGUCGUGAAGAUACUUCAGAUCUGGAUGGUUUUUUUGCAAAACACAAAUAAUAUACUUUUAUUACGCAUCAAUUAUUCGAGCGUUUGAUCGCCGGUCAUGCCGUCGCCUCGGUUUAAAAAUCCAAAACAUAAUCCAGCUUUGCACAUUUGUACGGACGUCGAAAAUAUAUUAUUUUAUUUUAUUUUUAAAUAAAUCUAUACAUUUUAUAAAAAAAAAAUCUUAGGAUACGGUUGAAAUAGUUACGAAAAAACUUAUAUUUAUACAAAAUAUUAUAGGUAUGGGUAUAUGUAUUUUACGAUAAAAAAUAAUCAAAACUUGUUACCUUCAAACAAACCGUAAACAAAUAAUUAGGUAGCAAAUUAAUAGUAUACCUACAUAAUAUUAUAUAGUAUUAAACUAGAUUAAAAUAUACCUAACCUAACAUCGAUCCGUUCAUUGGUUGAAGUAAAUUUAAACCGUGAUUUGAACAAAUUAUAUACAAUCGAUCUGGUCUAAUUAUCAAAUUAUCUAUAGGGAAAAUAAAACAAAACAAUCGUAGUUUCAAACAUAAUGUAAAUUAUAGGUUAAGGACAGAAAUAUUUUUUAACUAACACCUACAUUUUGUACAUUUUCCGGUUUUCCCCCUUUUUUUUCGGUUUUUCACAUUUGAUCAGAAAACUUCUAAUUAAAUCGAAUAAACCUCCCUAAAGUACUAUCCCAUGAUAAUGUCCUUUCAGAAAAGGGUCUACAUCGUAUAUAUUGGAGUAAAGUUACUGGUUUAAAAAAGUGUCCCCGUGAAAAAAAAAAUAAAAAAUAAAAAAAUAGACAGUUUGUAAAACCAAUACAUUCUUCGCUACACUCAGAAUUUAAAAACAUAACCUAUAAUAUCGGGUGUAGUUUCUCAUGACGGUUUAACGGUUUGAACGGUUUCACACAGGGCCGUGGAGGAGCAGUCUAACGGUCCCCAGGAGUCGAACGAGAACGAAGAGGAGGAGGAGGAAGAAGAGGAGGGCGUGGAUCCCAACGAGGAGGCACUCUUACAGGCGUUUGGUGAAACGGCCGUGCAGAGCGUCACGUGGCUGGUCAACGCAAUGGGACUGAACCUGAACCAGUCCAACAACAACACCGUUGCGGCUGCAUCCGCAGCAAACGGUGCCACCGAACCAUUACAACCUGCACCAUCCGCAACGACGAAUGUCUGAUAAACGCCACCAAAAAACCGAGUAUAGGCGCUUUUUUUUUUACUCUGAGGCACAUCCGACCUCUCAACGAAACUAUAUUUAUUUGUACGAUUAUUAAUAUUAUUAUUACUAUUAUUAUUAUUAUUAUUAUUAUUAUUAUUAUUAUUAUUAUUAUUAUUGGCAUGUAUGUAUUAUUAAUAGUUUCUGCAGCGCAUAUCCGACGUCACUAUUAUAUAAAUAACAUAAUUUGCAUACCUAUACCUAUACGCUCUCUCUGGGCUUGUCGCCGUAUUUUCGCGUCAUAUUUUGCAACUGCGGUCUCCUAUGUAUAAUAUUUUAAACGACUCUAUUUCGUUUAUUAUAAUUUAACAGUAUAAUAAAUUAUUAAAUUAUUUUAAUAUGCAGUAAACGGUUUUGUUUUUUUUUUUUUUUUUUUUUUUUUUUUUUGUUACUCAUCGAAACGAAUAAAUUUCUUUUUUGCAUCUGUA